AAGGAAUAGAUUGUAAGAUGGGAGACCUAAGUUCUGAAGAUAUAGACACCUCACGAACUGAUAAUAAUUCAAGUUCUCAAAUUGAAACAUUUAAUGGCCCCACUUCAAAAGAUCAAUUGUUCUCUUCAAUCCCACAACAAUCAGAUCUAUCGAAUGACACCUUGACUGAUAAUCAUAAACAUCUGCAUCUUGACUCACGUUCAAUUGCGUCGAACCAGAGUGCAUACGACCUUCAUCCGAUAGAGGUUACUGCCCAUACGCUUUUAGGAGGUUCAUUGGACCAUCUAAAUGAAAACUUUCAACAUCUAAACCAAUCACAAGUUGUAUUAUAUACGAGAUUAUGUCAAAUUGAAGAGAGGUUAAUGGCAGUUCUGGCUGUAGUUGACGAUGAAGAAACGGUGAAAAUAUCUCUACUGAGGAUAAAGGGGUUGAAAAAACGACUUUUAGCCACGGUGAAAACCCUUAACAAAGUUGAAGCAAGGGUCAUUAAAAUUGAAGAGAAAAUAUAAAUGGAGUCUUCUAAAAGAUCUAUAAUUAUGGUACCUAGAUGGUGCUACUUGAACGCAGAUUCCAGGUUGAGUAGACUCCAGCAGAGCGGCUUACAGUCCGCAUAGCGUGGUACUACAUCCAUCUCUGUGGGACCCUGUAAGCCGCUCCGCUGGCACUCCGUGGGCCACUAGCCGUGGAGGCCCGGUUCCUCUAGCGAGGAAGUCUCCGACUUACUAGCGGUACUCCUCGUAGAGAAGCUAGGCACCACGCAGUGGCUCUCCCCGAGCAGGGGCCAGCGGAGCGUCUCACAGAGGGGUACCCACUCCACAAAGGCUCCAAUCGACAUCCCCUAGUAUAGACCUCGCAUAGCCUCUCCUAGACCUAGGUGGGAUACCUUCAAAGUAAACGCUACAACAUGUUCUUACUCUUAAAUUUGU